AUGUCACCGCCUACCAACAGCUGGAAGGGAGAGUGAGCCCGAGGUUUUAUUCUUUCAACCCGGUUGUUGCUAUUAAUGCAUCACGACUUGAUUCUUGUCUGCCCGCAACGAUCACGAUUAUCACCCAUUCAGUCCGCCGGGCUACACGUGGGUGAGCGACCGCUCUCGGCGUGUCGAACCCUGGUUGGCGGCUGCAUUGACGGACCUCGAGCCGGACCAAUUGGGUGUGGAGGAUGGCCGGCAGGGAAGGCGGGGUCUGGAGAAUAUCCGGGAUUGCGUGCUCUUCGGGCCGGUGGCACGGACUCAGCCGGAGGUCGGGUUAACCUGGGGUGUCCGGCACGGUUACCCGGCAACAGUGCAGAGAGCAGGGACGAGCUGAUGCUAAGGGCCUGGACCCACUCCCAGCACGACAUUUCUCAGUGAAGACUUGCAACUCCGGAACAGCCAUAGGAAGCCAAUGCAAACGAAGCCCUGGCUUAACGCUUUAAGCUAAAAUUCUUCUUGAGUUCGCUCAAUAAUCAAAUAGUGUCACUGAAAUUUCUAUUGACAUUCUGCAUACUUAACGAAAUCGUCUUUUAAGCGGUUUUUUUUAAGAAUUUAAAUUUCCAUUGUAUGCAUAAAAUGGAUUGCAAAAGUCUCCAGUUUGUAUUUUUUGGAUUGUUGGUGUUAUCCGGUCUUUCAUCAAGCCAUGACAAGUUGGCGUGUUCUACUUGCAAGAAAAUAGGUAACAAUUUCUUAAAGGGUGUCGAAAAUACAUCCAGGAAGAAUUUUGGUGGUGGAAAUACAGACUGGGAAGAAAGAUAUUUGUCAAAAUAUGAAAUCAGUGAGACUCGUCUUGUUGAAAUUAUGGAAUCGUUGUGUGAGAGUUCUGACUUUGAAUGUCAUCUCAUGGUGGAAACUAAUGAAGAGCAUAUUGAACAUUGGUGGUUCACGAUGCAGAAAGAACAUUCUGAUUUCUUCCACUGGUUCUGUGUGGACACAAUUAAAGUGUGCUGUCCGGCUGGAAGCUUUGGUGUAGACUGUGUUGGGUGUCCUGGUGGGAUGGACAGGCCCUGCAGUGGGCACGGUACCUGUAAUGGUGAUGGUACGCGGACUGGCGAUGGCUCGUGCAGCUGCACGAAGGAGUACAAGGGAGCAGAGUGUCUGGACUGUGCUGAUGGCUACUACACUGAAUUCCGGAAUGAAACCGAUUCGCUCUGCACAGCUUGUCAUCCUGCCUGCAAAAUGUGCAGUGGCCCGUCGAACCACAACUGCAGUGAAUGUGCAGAUGGCUGGAUAGAAACAGUCACGAAUGAAGAUGGAGUCACAUGUGACGAUGUUGAUGAAUGUGCAGCAGAAACCUUUCCAUGUAAAGAGCGGGAGUAUUGUUCAAACACAGAAGGGUCUUAUUCCUGUGAAGCUUGUCAUAACACCUGUGAUGCAUGUACCGGAGAAGGGCCAGAAAGCUGUUUAAACUGCACCACUGGAUACACAAUGGAAGGAUCAAAAUGUGUAGAUAUAAAUGAAUGCAGCCUGGCUGAAGAAGUAUGUACACGUGAAAAUGAAGACUGUGUUAACACUGAAGGCAGCUUUGAAUGUGCCUGCGCAGCAGGCUAUGAAAACCACAAUGGAGACUGUGUAGAAGUAAAAACACCAGCUGACGUAGAGAUGGCAGAAGAGGCAAACGUUGAACCUAAAGAGUUAGCAGAUGAUGCACUUCAUGAAGACCUUUGACCCACAAUUUGACAUUUGUUUCUCAUGUACAAGAAAUCUCUGUAUAUCUUGAAAAAGACAGCCUUUCAGAUACUGGACUGAUAUUGUUUUUACAAUAGUUGCAUGUUGCCAAUGUAAUUUGUUUUACAUGAAGGACCAUCAUUUUAUGGCCUGUUGUAUUUUAAACUUCUUGGGUCAAAAUGCUGUCAGCUUGUUUCUAUAUGUCAUCGAUACUUUUUUAUCUACUUCGUGUGAACAAUUCAUCGAUUAAACAAGACAUUUUGUAAUGCUUCAGAUGCUAGUAAAUCCCUCUGGAAUGCUGACUGUUCAAACAUUGCACAAUCACUGCGUAGUGACAUUGAGUGUUGUAUCUGAAAGAGGUUUUUUGUUGUGAAUUCUGUAUCAUUGUUGGAGUGUGGUUUUAUUUAUGAAACUGAAAAGUUAUCUUGACAGUAUAUUAUCACAUGUUUCACCUUGUAUUCCAUCUGUGUAGCCUUGAGCCCAAUAAUUUUUCCCUUCUUCCUCUAUUAUUCAGUCUGGCCUUUUGCCUUCCACAUGCCCGAUGCCCCCUUCCCCUCCCUUCCCUUUCUCUUAUAGUCCACUUUUGUCUCCUAUCAGAUUCUUUCCUCUCCAGCACUUCACCUUUCCCACCCACCUGUCUUCACCUAUCACCUUUUUGCUAUCCUCCUCCUCCUCCCCACCCCUUUUUAUUCCAGUCCCCUUUCCUUCUCAGUCCCGAAGAAGGGUCCUGGUUCACAAUGCAACUGUUUGUUUAUUUCCAUAGAUUCUGCCUGACUUGCUGCGUUCCUCCAAUAUGUCGUGUGUGUUACAUUGUUAGAGAGUGGUUUGGCACUACAUUAUAUUACCACAUCUAAUUUAAAUGUCAUCCCCAUAAUCUUUUGAUCUCUAGUGUUAACAGUUGAUCACCCAAUGUUUCCUCUCUUUAGCCUUUAUAAACAUUUGAGAGAUUUUUUUUCACAUGUGACACUCUCUAUAAUCUAAUCAAGAAUUGCACCUGUGUUGUACAUGGUAACUGCCCAAAGUAUUCAUGUGUUUGUUUUGGACUUUUGAAAUUCUUUCCAUGGACUUCAAUUUCAGAAGACUGAAAGGCUGUCGUAACUCCAAUUUAUACAAUGGGGAGGAAUGUUUACCUUGCAGCCUAUACUUCAGCUAUAUAUAUUUUUGUAAACUGAAAGCUAUUAUUAAGCAUUUGAUUAGGACGAUGUGCCAUUUCAAACUAAAACCAUUAAUGUGUUUGCAGCAAAUAUGUGACAAUUCCCUUUUUUUUGAAUGCUGAUUUUGGGAAAUUUGUGAUUUUGUUUCUGCAUUUAAGUUGAUCUAUCUACUGGUAGCAAUGAAAGGUCAUUGCUCCAUCUCUGCCAGUGGCCAGGACUUACUUCAUCAUCAUAAUAGCUCAGUUUUCACUACUGUCAGUCAUGAAAAUUCCUGGUGAAUACUCAGGAAUACUGUCAUAGAAAAUUGGAAAUCUACAGCACAUUACAGGCUGACCUACUCUAGAAACUGCCUACCAUAUUGACCUUUAUGUUUUGAAGCUCCAUGUACCUGUCUAAGAGUUUCUUAGACCCUAUUGUAUCUGCCUCUGCCACCUUUGCUGGCAAUGCAUCCCAUACACCCACCAGUUUGUGUGAAAAGCUUACCUCUGACAUUCUCCCUUGUACCUACUUUCAAGCACCUUAAAACCAUGCUGCCUUGUAUUAGCCAUUUCAGCCCUGGGGAAAAAGCCUUUAGCUAUCCACAUGAUGAAUGUCUUUCAACAUUUAAUGCAACUCUAUCGGGUCACCUCUCAUCCUCUGUCGCUCCAAGGAGAAAAGGCCAAGUUCACUCAACUUAUCGUAAAGCAUGCUCUCCAAUCCAGGCAAGGUCCUUAUAAAUCUCCUCCACACUCUAUAAUGUUACGAACCCUGUAACUGGGUCACUUACCAGCAAAGAUAGAGAGGUCUGUUGAAGUCUGAUGGUACUAUUUUUAACCGUAUUUAUUGAUAAAGAUAUGCAAAAAUAAUAUCAAUGCAAACAUACAGAUAAUAUACGUCGUCAAUACUAACUCUAAAAGCGCGGGUAUAAUAAUAAAUAGCUCUAUCGUUGUCUAGGGGCUAAUGUAUUAUAUGAUGGAAA